UGGAGAACAAAGCAAGCAGUGGAAGCAGCGGUGACAGGCCCGUCCAGAGCUCCAUCACAUCCAUCUGAACUGUGCAGAAUUUCUUCUUCUUUCUCUACUUCUAUUGAACUUUGGAACUGAUAAGAAACUAUUUGUUCAGCAGUCACUGAUUGCCAGCACUGUAUAUAAAAGAAUGAACAAAAGACAUUUGAUUACUUCUGCUGUGUGAAAAAUGGAGGUCUCAUGGUUGUCAACAAUGCUUCUGGCUUUGACCAUCUUCUGUAUAUUCAUGUAUUCUUCAUGGAAGGCAAUGUAUAGAAGAGGUAACCUACCUCCUGGGCCGACACCUCUUCCUGUCAUUGGGAGUGUUCUACAGAUUAAGCGAGGAAAGCUGGCCAGAUCUUUAAUGGAGCUUGGUCAAAAGUAUGGUUCAGUCUAUACUCUUUAUUUCGGAUCUAAACCAGUGAUCAUGUUGUGUGGAUAUGAGGCAGUCAAAGAAGCUCUUGUUGACCAUGCAGAUGAAUUUGCUGACCGGGGAAAUCUUGGAACAAUUGAUGAUGUUGUGUCUGGGGUUGGAGUGGGCUUUAGCAAUGGAGAAACUUGGAAGAGCCUUCGGCGAUUCACUCUCAUGAGUCUUAGAAAUUUUGGAAUGGGCAAAAGAAGUAUUGAAGAAAGAAUCCAGGAAGAAGCUCGAUGUCUAGUAGCAGAACUAAAAUCUUACAAAGGCAAAUCCAUAGACCCGACUAGUAUUUUGGCUAAGUGUGUUUCCAACAUCAUCUGCUCCAUAGUUUUUGGAGACCGAUUUGAAUAUGAUGACAAAGACUACAGUAUUCUCUUAAGGAUACUUAAUGCUAUGUCAAGGGAUAUGAGCAGCACCUUUGGGCAGCUGCAGGUUCUUCUCCCUGGCAUAAUGAAGUAUAUUCCAGGACCUCAUAAACGGAUAAACCAACACAUGGCUCAUAUGCUGGACUUUGUCACACAAAGAGUGGAAAGGAACAGUAAAACACUGGAUCAAAACUCACCCAGAGAUUUCAUAGACUGCUUCCUCAUCAAACACCAACAGGAAAAAAACAACCCCAGUUUCAGCAGGGUGAAUAUGUUACAGACAAUAUUUGACCUGUUUGUUGCUGGGUCAGAGUCGGUCAGUAACACGCUACGACAUGGAUUCCUGGUGCUUCUGAAGUAUCCUGACAUACAAGCCAAAAUCCAGGAAGAAAUACACAAAGUGAUUGGUGAAAAUCGCUCCCCCAGCAUUGAUGACCGGACUAAGAUGCCAUAUACUGAUGCUGUAAUCCAUGAGAUCCAGAGAUUCUGUGAUGUGGCUCCGAUGAGUCUUCCUCACGCAGUUACACGGGACAUAGAGUUCAGAGGAUUUACUAUUCCAAAGGGUACAGAUGUCUACCCACUGCUGUGUUCUGUGCUACGGGACCCCGAACAUUAUGCUACACCCAACAAAUUUAAUCCUGGACACUUCCUGGAUAAAAAUGGAGGUUUAAAGAAGAACGAGGCAUUCGUCCCCUUUUCUGCAGGGAAACGGGUUUGUUUGGGAGAAGGUCUGGCUCGAAUGGAGCUAUUUAUUUUCCUCACAUCCGUAUUGCAGAGUUUUACAUUGUCCUCUGAGAUGACCUUCACAGAAGAAGACAUCAACCCUAAAAUGAGUGGCUUUGGCUGCCAGGCCACCACAUACCAGCUCUCAUUCAACCAGCUCUAAACUGAACUCUGGGAACUACAUUUAAAUCCUGUACCACUAAGAAACUAUCAUCAUAAACAUUGUCAUUGUGAUAAUUAUUAGAGUGCAUGCAAUGAAAAAGUGUUAGCACUUCACGCGAAUCAUUCCUUCUCAACAAUUAUUUAGGCUCUGAUCAGGUAGACCAACUGUAGUUUAUAAAGAUAGCUGUUUUACUUUACUCCUCAUAUUUUAUUAAGAAGUUUAUUAUGAUUAAAUAAUUAUGUGCACCUUUCAUACAA